UCCCCGAGUCUGUUUCAGCACAGUCGCCUCUCAAGCACUGCACGAUGAUGUCCAAGACGAUUAUCGCCGCCUUAGCCGUAGUCCUUUUGGGGAUAGUAGCAGCUGAUCCUGUUGCUGAACCUGAAGCCAAAGCUGAUCCUGGAUUCCACAGUGGAUUCCACAGAGGCUUCGGAGGACUUGGAGGAUUUGGUGGAUUUGGUGGCCAUUUCGGUGGACAUGGAUUCGGAUAUGGAGGCUACCGUGGAAAGAGGAGCCCAGUAGCUGAGCCUGAAGCCAAGGCUGUGGCUGUGGCUGACCCUGAAGCUGAAGCUGAUCCAGGUCACUUUGGAGGAUUCCACCGUGGAUUCGGAGGAUUUGGAGGAUUUGGUGGAUUUGGAGGUCACGGAUUCGGAUAUGGUGGCUACCGUGGAAAGAGGAGCCCAGUAGCUGAACCCGAACCCGAAGCUGAGCCUGGAUUUGUUCAUGGAGGAUUCCAUCGAGGCUUUGGAGGAUUUGGAGGUCUUGGAGGAUUUGGUGGCUUUGGAGGUCACGGAUUCGGGUAUGGAGGCUACCGUGGAAAGAGGAGCCCAGUAGCUGAACCCGAACCCGAAGCUGAGCCUGGAUUUGUUCAUGGAGGAUUCCAUCGAGGCUUUGGAGGAUUUGGAGGUCUUGGAGGAUUUGGUGGCUUUGGAGGUCACGGAUUCGGAUAUGGUGGCUACCGUGGAAAGAGGAGCCCAGUAGCUGAACCCGAACCCGAAGCUGAGCCUGGAUUUGUUCAUGGAGGAUUCCAUCGAGGCUUUGGAGGAUUUGGAGGACUUGGUGGAUUUGGUCAUUUUGGGGGAGGCAGAUAUUAUGGUUAAGUCCAAAAUGUAAUACUACUUCGAAUUUUAAUACGAAUCUAAAUAAAGAAAACUGCUAUAAUUAUA